UAAGAGAAACCACCUUCAAAGAGAUAAGACAACGAGCUUCUGGGGACUUUUGAAUGGAGGGCCACUUUCAGUGACGAUAAAAGUGGCCGCGGAUCAAGUUGUUCCGCAAAAACUUUCCAUACAUAUCAUAUAUUGUACAUAUAGCCGUCAGAUUAGUUGACCCACAAGCAAAACAACAAAAAAGAACCAUGCUGUCACUAAACUGGCGACUCGGCCGGGGAUUUGUUAAUUACGGAGUUUGCCGCCAGAGCUUGAGAAACUUUGCAGCCGCUGGCGAUAAAAACAAACCCCGUAAUGCCAGCGAUGUGGACGAGCGACACCCCCUACAUGGAUCCGGUUUUGACCUAUCCCGCAUAAUCGCCGGUCCCUAUUGCACCAUGGUUCUGGCGGCUGGGGCGGAGGUCAUCAAGGUGGAGCGUCCGCACUUUGGCGACGAGGCCAGGAAGUGGGCCCCGUUCCUGGAGAACAGCAAAGAUGCCGCCUAUUUCCUGGCCCCAAAUCGCAACAAGCGUAGCAUCUGCAUCGAUAUAAGGGGCACUCAACUUCUUCACAAGCUGGCCGAGAUUAGCGAUGUCCUGGUGGAGAACUAUGUGCCUGGUACUUGACGCUAUGGCUUGGGCUACGAACAGUUGCGGAAGGUCAACCCAAAGCUGAUCUAUUGCUCAAUGACGGGCUAUGGCUCCGUGGGACCGUAUGCCAAGCGACGCUACGAUGUGAUUGCUUCUUCGGUUGGAGGACUGAUGCACAUCACCGGGGAGCGGGAUGGACCGCGCAAGGUGGGCGUGGCUGUGACGGACAACACGGGGCUCUAUGCCCAUGGAGCUAUUCUGGCAGCCCUCUAUCAAAGGACCCGCACUCAGCGAGGCCAGAAGAUCGAGGUGGACCUGCUGUCCACCUGCUUCCUGUUGCUCAACGUGGGCAGUAACUACUUGAACUCCGGAGUCGAAGCAGGAAGGAUGGGCACUGCCCACUCGAGCAUAGUUCCGUAUCAGAGCUUCAAGACCAAGGAUGGCUUCACUCUGGGCACUGGCAGUGAUGUUCAGUUCGAGGAUCUGUGUCGUCGCUUGAAGGUGGAACAUUUGCCGCAGGAUCCAAAGUUUAAGACAAACAAAGAUCGUGUAAAUCGAAAGGAGCUAAUCGGUUUCCUGGAAUCGAUGCUAGCUGAGGACAUCCGCAACUGGAUGAAGCUCUUCGAGGGGGCCUCCUUUCCCGUGGGACCUGUGAACUCCAUUCCCGAGGUUUUCGAUGACGAGCACAUCAAAGCCAUUGGCUUGGUUAAGAGCCUUCGGCACCCGAAAGAUGGAACCGUUAAGGUGGUGGGUCCUCCUGUCUUUAGUGAAGCGCGGAACGAUGCCCGGACAGCUCCUCCGAUUCUGGGACAGCAUACUGAUGAAGUGCUGGGGGAACUAUUGGGCUGGCCGGAGGAGCUGGCCAAGCUGAAGAAGGAUAACAUAAUUCAGUAUCACAGAAAAUAUCCUAAUUCUCAGAUCCUUUAGAUCCUCAGUUUAACGACUAAAUAUUUGUGAUAGUCAAGCAUUUAUCGUAAAAACGUCUUUUAAAUCAUAGUGAGAUAUGUAAAUGUACCAAAUUAAUGAUACUAUACCAAAUACAUCACGUUUUAUUU